AUGGCUUGGAUCGGUUCUGGGCUCCUGAACGACGACAAUGACGACUUUACGUCGACGGCGCCGGCCGUCAAGGCCGAUCCGGCGCAGGGCAAGCGGAAGGCGCGCGCAAUGGCGGCUGGCAAGGCCGACAAGGCGACAAAGAAGGCAAAGGCGUUGGAUGGCUCGGCUGUAGUUGCCCGCGUUGCGGUCGAGGAGAGGCAGCUGUGGCAGCUGGGAUCGACAGGUAACGUCCGUGUCGACGUCACAAAGUUCCGCUCCCGCAAGUACGUCGACGUCCGGAAGUGGUACAAGAAGAAGGGCACCGGCGAGAUGUGCAGAACCCAGAAGGGCAUCAUGCUUGCCCCCGACCAGUGGGACAAGCUUAAGCUCUUGUUCCCCACACUCAAGGCCGCUUUUGCAGCCGCGCGCGACUCCUCCUAA